CGUCACAUUGGCGGGAAGAUGGUGCUACGUCACGCUGAAGUGCCGGAGUUUUUGAAACGUGAGAAAACAUCCGUCAGGCUAACUCCACAGAGGGUUUCUGCUGCUUUAUUCAACAAUGGCGACGUCGUCUUUCUCAAGGGGCUGCUUCGUCUUUAAGCCCAGCGUUAAAAAGAAGAAGAAGAAGACCUUUGAUUUGGAGAGUUAUUUCACCCACGGCUGUGAAGAUGAUGACAGCAGUAAAAUGCGUUUCAAGCUCUGUUUGGAUCUGUGGAACAAGAUCAAAUCAGAGACCGAGGCUUUGCAGGACGAGCUCAACAGAAACAUUUUGGACAGCCUGCUGGAGUUCACCAGGAAGUGCUCCUCCAGCCGCCAUCACAGCCAAUGGGCAUCCAAGAUGAGGGCCAGCGAGAUUCCCACUGCCGCGCUCGUGCUGGGUGUGAAUGUCCCAGACCACGACAUGACCUUUCAGAGUUUGUUUGACCUGCUUCGGCUCUCUGUCACUCCUCAUGUGGUUUCCUUACAGGCGAAAGAGUGCGGAGCUUUGAAGCAGCUGAUGAAAAGGGUGCUUGAGAGAGUGAUGGAUACAGUUGUGGCAGUGGAUGACGAAGAGGAAGAAGAGGAGACUAGGCCUUCCGGCGCUCAGCUCCACAAGAGCAUUCACUGCUCUCUGGCUGCUCUCUGUGAUUGGUACAUCUCAAAAACUAAGAAAUCCAGCUUUAGCUCUCCUGGAAAGAAGCGCAGCUCUUCAGUUGUUGAGGAGCAGGAUUCUCAUCCUCCUGUUGUGAUCAUUUUCAAAGAUUUGGAAGCUUUUAACUCAAGAGUUCUGCAGGACUUCAUUCUGAUCUGCAGUCGCUACAUUCACCGGCUCCCCCUGGUGUUCAUCUUUGGGGUCGCCACGUCACCCAGCACCAUCCAGCACAUGCUGCCCAGCUCCGUGUCCUCGCUGCUCUGCAUAGAGCUCUUCCAGUCUCUGUCCUGCACCCAGCACCUCACCACUGUUAUCGACAAGCUCAUCCUGACGUCCAAAUUUCCCUUUAAACUAAAUGGGAAAGUGAUGCAGGUGCUGGUGAGCGUCUUCCUGUACCACGAUUUCUCUGUGCGAAACUUCAUAAAGGGUCUUCAGCUGGCUCUUCUGGAGCACUUUCACUCCCAGCCUCUCAGCUUCCUGUGCUGCAGGAAGAAGGAAGCUCAGCUAAACGCGGAGCAGCUGGGGCCUGGCGACCUGGAGCGGAUCCGGCAGCUGCCGUCAUUCCAGAGGUAUCUAAAGGAGCAGGAGGAGCAGAACAAGCUGAUGACAGACGACGCUCUUUUAAAGGGUGUGUGUAAGAAACUGUUAAAGGAUCUUCAUAAAUACCACAAGAACUAUUAUCCCGUCCUGCGCUGUCUCCACACCCUGACCUCCUCGUUACCUCGCUACCCUCUGGGCAAACAGAUCAGGGAGCUCCAUUUGAUUUGUCUGGAGAGGAACGUGUGGGAGAGCGAGGAUUACCAGUCAGCCAUGAAGCUUUUAAGGAUGCUGGCAAAAGAUGAGCUGAUGUUGCUGCUGCAGAAGUGUGCAGAUGUUCUGCAGCCCGUCAACUCAAAGAAAAUGCAGGCUGCUUUUGUUCAGCUGGAGGAACUACUCACCAAAUUUAAGCAGCUAGAUGCUGCUGGAGAAAUGGCCCCCAGUGUGGAGGAAAAGUUCACCUCUCCUGUGAAAAGUCUUCAAAAGAAAACGGAUCUUUUCCAGCUGCAGAAGACGCUGCUGGAGAUGAACGAGUCCCGUAGGUCCAAGAGAAUGAGUCCCUUCGAACUUCUCAGGAACGAAGCCGUGGAGUUCGUUGACAGUUUGGUGAAGGAUCAUCUGCCGCCGCCAGAGUCCAGGCCCCUGUACGAAGUCUGCUACUACAGCUCAUCGGCCACCGUGAGGCGCCACCUCAACGCAACGCCGCGUAACUCCAUCCAGGCAGCGCUCAGCAGACCCCAAAGCUACAUUCAGAAUGACAGCCUGAAGACAGAGGACGGGACGGUGUCAAACGCCGCUCCAGAUAUCUGCAUAGCCUACAAGCUGCACCUGGAAUGUGGCCGGCUGAUCAACCUCUACGACUGGCUGGAGGCCUACUCCACCGUGGUUUCUGCUGCAGAGGGCAACGAUCCAGAUUCUGACGGUUUUGGAAAAGUGGACGAAGUCAAACACGCUCGUUUUAUCCGCGCCGUUUCAGAGCUGGAGUUCCUGGGCUUCAUCAAAGCGACCAAGAAGAAGACGGAUCACGUGGCCCGACUCACCUGGGGAGGCUGCUGACACACUCGUUUCUUUUCUUCCCCC